CGGAGCCCGGAAGUGGCUGCCCGGGCAGAGGAGAGUGGGGAUGGCUCAGGCCCCGCGCUGAGGAAGGGACAGGUGCGCUGCGGCGCUGAAGCGGGAGCCAGAGCCGGAGUCGGAACCCGAGCGUUACCAUGUCCACGCAGAGACUUCGGAACGAGGACUUCCGUGACUACAGCUCCACUGACGUGAGCCCCGAGGAGAGCCUGUCUGAAGGCCUGAACAACUUCUCUUCCCCAGGAUCCUACCAGCGGUUCGGGGAAAGCAACAGCACAACAUGGUUCCAGACCCUGAUCCACCUGUUAAAAAGCAACAUUGGCACAGGACUCCUGGGGCUGCCUCUGGCGGUGAAAAACGCAGGCAUCUUGAUGGGUCCCCUCAGCCUGCUGGUGUUAGGCCUCGUGGCUGUGCACUGCAUGGCUAUCCUGGUGAAGUGCGCGCACCACUUCUGCCGCAGACUGAACAAGCCCUUUGUGGACUACGGGGAUACAGUGAUGUAUGGCCUGGAAGCCAGCCCCAUCUCCUGGCUUCGGAACCACGCACACUGGGGAAGACACAUUGUGGACUUCUUCCUGAUCGUCACGCAGCUGGGGUUCUGCUGUGUCUACUUUGUCUUUCUGGCUGACAACUUUAAACAGGUGAUAGAAGCGGCCAACGGGACCACCAACAACUGCCACAACAACGAGACGGUGGUCCUGACGCCCACCAUGGACUCAAGGCUCUACAUGGUCUCCUUCCUGCCCUUCCUGGUGCUGCUGGUGUUCGUCCGGAACCUCCGAGCCCUGUCCAUCUUCUCCCUGCUGGCCAACAUCACCAUGGUGGUCAGCCUGGUCAUGAUCUACCAGUUCAUUGUUCAGGAUAUCCCAGACCCCAGACCCCUCCCGUUGGUGGCAUCCUGGAGGACCUACCCUCUGUUCUUUGGCACUGCCAUUUUUGCAUUUGAAGGCAUUGGGAUGGUUCUGCCCCUUGAAAACAAAAUGAAGGAUCCCCGGAAAUUUUCGCUUAUCCUCUACGUGGGAAUGGCUAUCAUCACUGCCCUCUACGUCAGCCUGGGGAGCCUGGGGUACCUGCAAUUUGGCGCUAACAUCCAAGGCAGCAUAACCCUCAACCUGCCCAACUGUUGGCGUCUUGGCCAUCCUCGUCCCCCGCCUGGACCUGGUCAUCUCCCUGGUGGGCUCCGUGAGCAGCAGUGCCCUGGCCCUCAUCAUCCCGCCCCUCCUGGAGAUGGCCACCUACUACUCAGAGGGCAUGAGCCCCGUCACCAUCAUCAAGGACGCCCUGAUCAGCAUCCUGGGCUUCGUGGGCUUUGUGGUGGGGACGUGUGUGACCCUCUACGAGCUGAUCCAGCCGAGCAGUGCUCCCAUCUUCAUCAACUCCACCAGUGCCUUUGCAUAGCGGGCUGGGUGCAUUCCCUGCACGGCCCGCUCCGCCCUGUAUGUUCCCCAGCACCUGGCCCCAGAGCCUCAAGUAGGGUCCAGGCUCUGGGGAAAGGCAAGGUUGCCGUCCAGAUACCCAUACGUGGCACUUGGGUACCCUGAGCCAGGUAGGAAUGAGGGCAGGGCAGAGGGUGGGCAGUGGAUACGCAGGAGGUACCUCUAGGGGCAGUGCUGUCUCUGUUGAUUUGUACUUAUUUUAACCUGGAACUUUUCAAUUCUUCUCCCUAAUCAUGCCUCCUCCCUUACUGCCGGCCUCUCUCCUUCUGACCCACCUCACCCAAGUUAUUCUGUUGCACAACUCACUUUAUUUAAAAUUUUUAGUGUCUCCCACCUCAUGUUUUCUCCUUGCCCGGGCCAGGCCUAGAUGAGGUAAGUGGGAAUUCCCCACUUUGUCAAGCUGGGCCUGUCUCUCACCUCUCUCCCAUAUAUUUUACCUCCGUAUUCUCUUAACUGUUCAAGUCUCCACCUAGUAGUGGAGCCUACCUAGUAGUUUAAAACCAGCCCCCAAAGCUGGAGUUUUUAGCCUUUACUCUCUCUGGCUGGCUGUGACCCUCGGCGACACUUCCUCUUCUCCAGUUUCCUCGAGUGGGUCACGAUACUGUUAUCAUCUUAGUUGCUUGGACUCCUGAAAGAUAGUAAGUGCUGCCAAAAUUGAAAAUACUUUUAUUUUAUUUAAAAAUCAGCUUUUGUUUUUACUGUCUCUGGAUCUGGGGCUGUUAUGAAUUAUUCCUUCCUCGGUAAACUCUUACUCAGCUUCUCCCUCUGAGAAGAAACUUAGUCCAGGAGGUGUCUGCUUAGACCCUCAGCACCCUUGGCUCAGGACCCCAGAGCUUUUCAUCAGGGUCAUCGAAGUGUGGACCUCUGUGGGGGGCCACGGACUUUGCCUCCCAUCCACCAGCCCGAUCUCCUACUGAGAAGACGUGAAGGACUCGGGAGAUGUUUGCCAGUGCGCAAGGCCAAGGGGAAGGAUGGCCACAUGGGGCAUGUUUUUCUCCCUAGGAGGCUUAGAAAACCACCGCUUUGUGCGUCCAGGCCUGUUUCCCAGCCUCAGCCCUGGAUGGACAGGCGGCACGGCAGCGUGCAGGACUCUUGCUGUGAACGAGAACACGAGGCCAGUGUGCACAGAGCGUGUGAAAUUCAGUUCCUACAGUUUGCAGCAGCUGGUCCAACAUUACGCGUGGUGCUCAGUUGUCCACAGUCCCCGGAGGAUGGGGAGGAUGGGGCAGAAGCGGUGCCCCACCCUGAGCUGCCUCGAGGACCUGGACUUCUGAAGGAACUGCUUGGUUGGGACUUCGGUCUCCUGUGUUCUGAACACUAAUGUGCCCUUGUCGCUCCCCCUGCAUGCCUCCCUGGGGCUCAGAAAAGAAGCAGCCUCGGGGCUGACUCGCCUCAAGGUCAGCCUUCAGGUUUGGGGACAGACUGCAGAGAAGGCAGGGGAAGGUCCGUUGCCUUGCUUUCAGCUGCCUCUUCUUCCCUCUUGGUGUGAGAAGUAUUGCAGAGGAUGUUCAUUGACUCUCUGUCUCUUGAGCUGUGUGUGUGUGUGUGUGUGUGUGUGUGUG